GUUGCAAAAAAUUGUUGUACCGAUGCUGGUGGGGAUGACUAUGUCUACAAGCUGCAGCUUUUCUCAAACGAAAAGUCAAUGGAUUUGUUCCAAAAGAGAGUGUUUGGUCCCGGUAAGCGUUGCCCGGAGCAUCUAGAGAAGGUGGCUAAUGAUGUUGUUAAAAAAUGUGGUGGACUACCACUUGCAAUUGUUGCAAUGGCCGGUGUUCUCAAAAGUAUGCCAACCCCCGAUGAACAUCAUCAAUGGACUAACUUGCUAAAGAACUUAUCCUCGGUGCUUGAAACUAAUCCAAGUCUUGAAGGAAUGAAACAGGUGUUGCUUCUUAGCUACAAUCACCUCCCAUACCUUCUCAAGCCUUGUUUUCUCUAUCUUAGCAUCUUUCCAGAGGACCAUCUCAUCAACCGCAAGAAUUUGAUUCAACUCUGGGUAGCUGAAAGGCUAGUGAAUAACCAAUAUGCCAUGAGUGUAGAGGAUGUGGCAGAGUAUUAUUUCAAUGAGCUAGUUAGUAGAAGUCUUAUCAUGCCGUCAGAAGUGGGUUUGAAUGGGAAGGUGAAAAGCUGUCGAAUUCAUGAUAUCAUGCUUGAAGUUAUUAUCUUCAAGUCAAUGGAGGAAAAUAUGGUUUCAAUUCAUGGUAAGCAUAGCAGAGUAAGUCUUCGAGGUGAAAAUGUGAUUCGACGAUUAUCUCUUCAAAGAGAAAGGAAUCAAAUUAGAUGCAUUCCAGAUAACAUUGACCUAUCACAUGUUACAUCAUUGUCAAUUUAUGAUUAUGAAAAGAUCCCAGCCUUGCUUCUAAGAUUCAAAUUACUAAGAGUCUUGGUGUUCGAAUAUUAUCAAUUUGACCUUGAAGCAGAAAAAGGAAGCUUCCUACGAAUUCUUUCUAAGUUAAGGCAUCUUCGAUACUUGAGCCUGAAAGGAACUUAUCUAAGUUAUUAUCAUAAAAAAAUAAAUUCUACCUUCUCCAAGUCCUUAGGUAAGCUUCAUAAUUUGGUAAAACUGGAUAUACGUGGAACUGGAAUAGACAGGCUAUAUUCAUCAGUUGCGAAACUUCAACAACUUUGCCAUCUUCAAAUGGGAAAUCUAAUCUCUUCUUUUUAUCCUUUUGAAAAAUAUGAUACUAGGAUGAAACUUGGAGUGUUGAGAAAUUUCAAAGAUCUGCAAACAUUGGUGGGCUUGAACAUUAAUAAUAUGGAAAAAGUUGAGGAACUAAG